AUGCAAUUCUCAGUCGCCGCCGCUGCCUUCAUGGCCACCGCCGUCAUGGCAACUGCCCCUAUCUCCCAGAUCGGUGAUGGACAAAUCCAGGCUACCACCGCCGUGGCUGUCUCAUCUGCCGCUGAUGUUUCGACCGUCCAGGUCACCGUGUCGUCCACCAUCACCAGCUGUGCUGCAGACAUCACCAACUGCCCAGCUCGUUCGACCGUGGUCUCGGUCAGCAGCUACCCAUCAGUCGUCGCCAGCGUCUCCAGCGUCGCCUUUGUCAACAGCUCCGCACCAGCUGCGCCAGCUACCUUCAAGCCAUCAUAUGUUACCCCCGCUGCUAGCGCCCCAGCUACCACAGCUACUGGUUCAUCCGGCGCUGCCACUUCCCCAGCACCAGCUGCCCCUCUUCUGUCCACCAUCACGAUCUCAUCGUGUGUGCCAACUGUUAUCUACAGCACUGUAACCGUUGCCCCAACUGUCGCAACUGUCUCCAAGGCUGCUGGAGCCCCAGGCCCAGUUGCCAGCGGAACCGGCUCCAUUGCCCCAGCAAAGAACGCCACCAGCCCUGUCGCCACCGGUGCUCCCGUCACCUCCCCAUCAGGCACCCCAUUCACUGGUGCUGCAUCUGGUCUCUCGGCAUCAUUCAGCUUCGCUGCUUUUGCCGGUGCCGCUGCUUUCUUCCUCGCAUAA